AGUGAUGUCAGACCUUCGCGACGGCAAUGAGCGGUCACGUGAUAUGCGGAUGAAGUUCCUCUAUGGGAGCAGCGCCUGUAGUCCACUUACUUGAAAUGUACUCGUCUUCCUUGGUUUAAAUGUAACAGGCAGCAGCAGAAUGAAGCACGUCUGCCUCGGUUUGUUGUUUUUCACCGCCUGUCUCCACUCUUUGUGCGCGGCGUUACCGAACUUCGUCCUGCUGUUUGCUGAUGAUUUAGGCUUCGGCGAUUUGGGAUGUUUUGGUCACCCGGUUUCCCUGACCCCGAAUCUGGACCGUUUGGCUGCGGGAGGUCUACGUUUCACCGACUUCUACAGCACUAGUCCGGUCUGCAGCCCAUCCAGGGCUUCCUUGUUAACUGGGCGUUAUCAGACUCGCUCUGGCAUCUAUCCAGGAGUGCUGUACCCAGGCUCCAUUGGUGGUCUCCCUCUUAAUGAGACCACCAUCGCUGAAGUCCUGAAGCCUAUGGGCUACGCCACUGCUGCAAUUGGAAAGUGGCACCUGGGAUUUGGGGCCAAGGGGAAAUUUCUUCCAACCAAGCAAGGCUUUGACCACUACCUUGGGAUACCCUACUCUCAUGACAUGGGUCCCUGUUGGAACCUGACAUGUUUCCCUCCAGACGUAAAGUGUUUCGGAUUGUGCGAUGCCGGCACUGUUCUCGUCCCGUUGAUGCACAAUGAGAUCAUCAAGCAGCAACCGGCUAACUUCCUGGAGUUGGAGAAGGCAUACAGUGACUUUGCGACUGAUUUUAUUUCGACGUCAGCCCAGAAAAAACAGCCUUUCUUCCUCUACUAUCCCUCCCAUCACACUCAUUACCCCCAGUACGCAGGUGUGGAUGCAGCUGGAAAGUCUUUGAGGGGUCCGUAUGGAGACGCUCUGUUGGAGUUUGACAACACCAUUGGAAACUUGAUGAAAACUCUUGAGAAAACAGGAGUGAUCAACAACACAUUGGUUUUCUUUACUUCAGACAAUGGACCUGAACUUAUGCGUAUGUCCCGUGGUGGUAGUGCUGGCCUUCUAAAAUGUGGGAAAGGCACCACAUAUGAAGGAGGCAUGAGAGAGCCAGCCAUUGCCUACUGGCCCGGAACCAUCAGGCCAGGUGUGACUCACGAGAUGGCCAGUACACUUGAUAUCCUCCCCACCUUUGCAAAUCUGGCAGGAGCCAAGUUGCCCCAGGUGACCCUUGAUGGGGUAGAUAUGACCAGCCUCCUUGUAAACAGGGGAAAGAGUGAAAGGAACACAAUGAUGUUCUACCCAACAGAUCCUAAUGAAAUGUACGGACUAUUCGCUCUCAGAAUGGGGAAGUACAAGGCUCACUUCUAUACAAGAGGUGCCACCCAUAGUGGUACUACACCAGACAAAGACUGCCCAGUGUUUGCAGUUUUAAAGGCCCAUGACCCUCCCCUGCUCUUUGACUUGGAAACUGACCCCUCUGAAAACUACCCCUUACCUCUUAUUGGAAGACCAGACCUUAAAGCUGUGUUGGAGAAGAUUCAAAAAGUCAAGGCGCAGCUGGAAGCUACUAUGGUGUUUGGCGAGAGCCAGGUAGACAAAGGCACAGAUCCCAGUCUGGCACCGUGCUGUAAUCCUGAGUGUCAACAAAAGCCCAAAUGCUGCCAGUGUUAAUUUGAACUUGGGGACGAGGGCUGGGUCCGUUCCACUUCAUCACAUUUUCUAAUGAUUUUACUGAUUGUGUAUGUCCUGUACCAAAACAGUUCAUGCACGUGUUUUUGAAGAAUAAUGUUCAUCUGUUGUUUGUAAUUUUUAAAAUAAUUUCCCACAAUGCUUCUUUCAACUGCUUUAAUAAUAAAGCGUAGGUGUCGCUGCUGAUGCUGGCGGUGGGUGAAGUGUAUCCUUUGGAAGAAAAGAGCAUCAACACUGUAUGUAAUUAGAACUUCUAAUAAAACUGAUUUUCCCAUGGAACAAACACA